AUGGCUGCUAAGGGGAUUUUGAAUCGCUUGGAAAAGAAGAUUGAAGAAAAGGAACUAUUUGGAUCUAUCUUUAGUUAUGAUGAGAUAUAUUUUUCAAUGAUGGAGGACGUGCCUGUAACAGUGGAACCAUUCCUAGCUGGAACCUUUGUCAAGUAUGUCAACAACAAUGGAGAGCCAAUUGCAGCAAAUAUUGUAAACAAGGAUAUACAUCAAAAAGCAGAAGCAGUAUGCCACUUUUCACUUGCUGAUAGUGAAGGAAAACUACUACUUCUUGACUUGCAAGGAGUUCGAUAUAAGCUCUGUGAUCCAGAGAUUGCAACAUCUUCACUUGCUGAUUCAAUUAAUGAUGCUGAAAAGUUAUUCUGUGCAGGAAAUCUUCAGGACCAUGCAUUUAAAAACUUUUCAUUGCAUCAUGUAUGCAAUUUGUAUUGCAAACUUCUUAAUUUGGAUCAAUUAUCUAGCAGUGUAAUUUCAUAA